UUGUGCGACUUACAAAAACCAGGUCAAAUUUGUGACCAAUUUGGACUAUAAUUAGAGUCCCAACAAACAGUGAAAGCCAACCAUUAUUGAUCAUCACCAACCAUGGCGAGUGACCCACUGGCCGCCGUGCAGCAACUACAGAGUGUCGUGACGACUCUAGCGCCUUCGUUGCGCCCCCAAGUGCUGCCCAAGGGCAUUGAGUAUGGACUGGAUCUGAUUCUAUCGCUUUGCAAGACGGAGGAGCAGCGGCAAACGCUCUUGGCGCUUGUGCGCAGCCAGAAACCGAACGGCGACAAGCCUAGCAAAACAGAGAGCGAAGAAGUCACGGACGAUGAGGAAGAAGAAGGAGAUUACUUGGAGCCACAGGUUAUCGGCACAUUCGACAUGGAGAACCGAGUGUUUGCCGUGCAGAAAGUGCAGUGGAUGCAUGAGCGCGAAGCUGUGGUGCACGAAUUUGCUCGGUUCAUUGAGCUGCAGCUGGAAAACCCAAUCGCGGCUAAGCAGGUAGUGCAGCACUUUUUGGAGGCGAAUGGCCACAAGACGGAGGACAGCAUUCUGGCUCAGCAAUGCUUCAGUGCUGCCUUCGCACUGCAAACGCUUCUCCGUGCGUUUCCAAGACUGCCAAUUGCUGUGGACGGCAAGGUUAUUGAGAUUGAUGAGGACACAGACAUUGCUGAAGUCUUCGCACCGCUAUUUGCUCCCAAGUCGAAGAAGAAAACGAAGACUACAAAGAAACAGGAACCAGCGAAGAAGGGGAAAGCCAAGCAGCAGAAGUCCAAGAAGAGGAAGAGCACUUGAUCGAUACUUGAUAACUUUUAUGCAUUCCCGUGCGACGUGUUCUAUAUUGUUUGUUAAGGCAGGACUAGUCGGCGAACUCCGAGACGUUCUGCG